AUGGCAUAUGUUUCAGUAGAAUCCGAUGAUCGCUUCGAAGAAGGUCAAGAAGGACUGCAAUUCAAGUCGUUCCUCGGUGACCAAACGGCUUCUGCACCUCAAAACGGCGGAGGCUCGCGGACUACGUCUCGAGGGCCUGCGGGCUUCUGGACAGUAGAGUACUACCAGCCUUUCUUCGACGUGGACACUCAAACUGUGAUCAAGCGUUGCUACACCACACUCCUGCCUACCUCCUCAUCAUACCUUUCAACCCACUUAACCCCUGCCGCCGAUCUCUAUGGUCCUUUCUGGACACUAACCACGCUCAUAUUCACCCUCUUCCUCUCCUCCUCUCUCGCAUCAUCCAUCUCAGCGUACCUCUCCGACUCAAAUGAGCCCGUCGAUUACAACUUCGGCCUGCUGAGCAUCGCGGUGACGUUAGUAUACGCAUAUGGUUUGGCUUUGCCAGUACUACUGUGGCUCGCACUGCGGUACUUGGGUGUGGGGGAAUGGAGCGUUGUGGAAGCGAUCGCAGUGUGGGGCUAUGGUCAAUUUGUCUGGAUACCGGUAUCCAUACUAUGCGUCAUUCCAGUACCAAUAAUCCGCUGGGUCCUCGUCGGGGUCGCGUUCGGACUGUCUGGCUACUUCCUUGUUGCCAACGUGUACCCCAUCCUAGCCUCCGCGGAGGCAAAGGCGACUCGCCUUUUAGUCAUCCUGGUAGCCCUGCUUCAUGCUGGGCUUGCGCUGUCUUUCAAGGUCUUGUUCUUUAGUUACUACAUCGUAAAGGAGGUAGGGCCUGCAGAUCCUCUUCCGACCGAUCCUGUCGGCCGUCUAUGA